AUGGCCACCCAACAUCUCAUCAUCAGGAAGAAGACGACAUGUGUGAUCGGCGGCACUAGAUUUCUAGCAUCUUUUCUCGUUAGGCUUUUGCUUAAAAGGGGCUAUGCAGUUAAUGUCGUCCAUGUUGCAACUCCCAAAAACUUUGCUUCUCAGGAUCCGGGGAAUGACAUGAUCAAGCCAGCAAUUCAAGGGGGGUAUUGAAUGUUUUGAAAACCUGUGCAAAAGGAAAGACUGAAGCGAGUCAUUUAUACAUCACCUGCAGGUACUGUUACAAUCAAUAAGCUUAAUGGGACAGGUGUGAUGAUUGAUGAGAACAAAUGGUCUGAUGUUGAGUUCCUCACUUCUGUGAAGCCACUUACUUGGGGUUAUGCUGUCUCCAAGACGCUAGCUGAGAAUGCAGCUUGGAAAUUCGCCCAAGAAAAUAGCAUUGAUCUUGUCACUGUCGUCCCCGCCAUCAUUACUGGUCCUUCUCUUACUUCAGAGGUUCCUCACGACAUUUCUCUCUCAAUGUCCCUUGUAACCUCGAAUGAAUCCCUCAUAAAUGGUAUGAAAGGGAUGCAAAUCUCCAUGACUCAUGUGGAAGAUGUCUGCUUGGCCCAUAUCUUUGUGGCGGAGAAAGCAUCGGCUUCUGGGCGAUACAUCUGCUGCGGUGCUAAUACCAGUGUACCUGAGCUUGCCAACUUCCUCAAUAAAAGAUACCCUCAGUGCAAAGUCCCAACUGAUUUCCGAGACUUCCCCUCUAAGUCCAAGAUGUUACUCUCUUCAAAGAAACUUGUUAAAGAGGGAUUCGGUUUUAAGCAUGGGAUUGAAGAAAUCUAUGAUCAAUCCAUGGAGUACAUGAAGGCUAAGGGACUACUGCAGAAUUGA